UGGUCUAUAAAAGCUGCACCCAGUGGAGGUGAAGAGAGCAAAGCACACUCUCGAUCAGCGGGGGACAAAGACACACUUCAACACCUACUUACACACACGUUAGUGCAGGACUAUCAUACACAAAACACUUGCUUCCUGGGAUAUGAACCCUCUCAUCCUCACCUGUUUCCUGUGCUUCGUCUGCAGUGCUCUAAGUGCUCAGGGAUCUACAACCACACAGUCAGGUGACCAAGUUGGAGUGACUGUCGACCUGGCCUCAGGGGAAGGCCUCCAGAAUUUGCACAGCGAUGAUGAUGAGUUGGAAGAGGACGGGAUUUCAGGAGGAGAUGAUGAAAAUGUCAGCUUCCAUGACUUGCAUCCCAACAGAGAUGAGAAGAAGAAAAGGAAGGUCAAAGGCAAGAGGAGGAACAAACACAAGGGCAAAAGCACAACUCCUUUCAACCCCGAGCACAUGGUCUUCACUAGUGGACACACAUCCACUCUCAGGACCAAUGAGGAUCCCUGCAACACCUCCCACCUGGGCUACUGCAUUCAUGGAUACUGCAAGCACAUAGACGGCCUGCAUGAACCAGUUUGUAUAUGUAUGAAGGGUUAUGAUGGAGAGCGCUGUGGGAUCCAGACUCUGGGGACAGUGAAAAAUGAGCCCACCGAGACCAACAAUGCUGAGCUGGUGCAGACGGUCUUAGUGGUCAUCGCCGUGGUUCUUUCAGUCAUCAGUUGUACCGCCAUACUGCUUAUGACCUGUGCUCAUUACAGGUCACAUAAAAACUUCCUGGCUUCCUACCUUGGAACCGUGUCAGAGCAGGAGAAGCUUCAGAAACACCCUGGCGACGUUGUCGUUUGAGGGCGUUAAGUUACAAUGAGCAAUGCUAAACAGUUCAAAGAACCUGGCUCUGACCACCCGAGAGACGAGUGAAUAGAUGGCUUCAAUAGAUGCUGUGUAAAAACACUGUCCAGAAUUUAUUAGAAUGUAAUUUAUUUAGUAUGAUUAUUUAUUGUUAACAACUAUAUACACGUAUCUGUAUGUUGGACUACUAUUAUAAUAUCUUUUAUCUGUGAAUGCUGAGGAUGCAGCCUUUUGAUGUUCUCUAGUUUUGUUUUUAUUUAUUGUACUGCUUUUGUUAUAGGUCAGAAAACACUCUUCAUUUCACUCUGGAAAAGGGAUGGAAUAUGAUCACCAAUAAAAUGUCUCAGUGUUA